GUUGUUGAAGUGGAGAUACGCCGUGAGCAAGCUAGGCAUUUGGCAGGCAUGGAUGACAGGCAGACACAGCGGCGACAGGAGGCCUUUUGAGCUAUGCCAGCCUCACGCUUAACCUUGUAAUCUAAUGCUAAUAAAUCAUGGGCUAACCAAACCCAGGCAGGCAGGUGCAUCUAAUCUCCCCCCAGGCCUCCCUGCCAGGCCCCCACCAUGAGGGCGAGGCGCUACGGCCACAUGGACUACAGAUGGAAAUACCUGUAACACUGCGUUGCAAGCAAAAUGGUUUGCUCCUCCCUCCUUGGCUUUGGUGACAAGAGAAGAGAGGGUACGCAAAUGGUUGGGGAAAGUUAUGGGUGACAGUUGGAGCUUGCAAGGAUAGGCCACCCUUUCCCAUUUAAACACACUGUCAUCCUUUCACCCCCAAACACACCAUAGCCAUACACACGGCCCAGCCCUGAAGAAUUCUCCCCCCCCCCCCUCUCCAACUCCCUCUGAAUUCUUGAUCCUUUGAAGAGGGCUGAUUGCUGGAGGAUCUGGUGCUCUUCUCGGGUUAUGGGUGCUCAAUAGGCGUAGGCAAGAACAGUGCCAUCUUCAGUGCUGCAUUGUUGAGGAUAUUCAGAUUUCGGGAGAAGCAUAAGAGUAGGUGCUCGCAGAAUUCUCCCUCGACCUUGUUCUGCCUUGUUUCCGUUCUUGGCCAUUCUUGUCUCUCUUUUGGUCUUCCACUCCGAACGCCUGUCAUGGAAUCCUCCAUGAUCACCGGGGAUGGCGGCGAAGAGUGCAACAGUAAUGAAUCCGGGUGGACGAUAUACCUGACCUCCCCCACGAGCAGCUAUGAAGCAAAAGACAAUGGCAGUGAAGGGAGCAAUGUUGAAGAUGGCAGUGGCUACAUCACCGAGAGGAGGAAAGGGAAAGAAGAGAACAACGCGGAUGACGAUGGAGAUUACGAUUCCCUGGCGUCUGAUGCUUCCACAGGGCCAUCUCAAGUGAAGGUGCUUGAAGGCAAAGAAGAGAAAGAUCGUCAGACAAAUGACGGUUGCAGCAAUGAACAUGGCAAGGAUGAAGAAGCUGAGACACUUACCAAGUUCCCGACAGGCAGCAACAAAAAGGCAGGCAAGGUGAAGAAAGGGGACGAAAAAAGCAGCAAAAGAGGCCACAAUAGAAGACGUAGCUCAUCAAGAACAAGCUUCUUUUGGUAACUGAUGUAAAAACCUUGCUCAUCUAGUCCUUUCUUAUCAAGCUAGAAUCCAUGUCAGAGGCACGAGGAAUUGAAGGCCUUGUCAUGGUCCCUGCUAUUGCCUUCUAUUGUUUUGUCCAUUUGUUAGCCACCCCAUAGGUUAGUUCUUCCUAUGCAAAUCUGUCACCAUUUCAUUAUUAUUCAUUGCCCUAUUCUUAA